GAUACCUUUGGGGUUUUUCACAUUCUAAUCAUCAACAUUGGUAGUAUGGUCUGCUUUCGUGCCGCAUCAUCCAAUGGGGUCCUCUGCUUUGUAUGGUCUGCUUUCGUGCCGCAUCGUGUAGAGAGUACUAACAGUAAGGCCUGCUUUCGUGCCGCUUCAGUUUAG